UCACCGUGCCAAACCGUGUAUCACCAGUGUGUGCAUCACGCCCACGUUUUUUAUUUACUUGCUGAUUGAAUUCAGCCAUGAGGUUUGGCAUCUGACCGAUCACCGUCUACACUCCGACCGAUUCGAUCGGCCUAGCUUCCAAGUUUCGAGCAUAUAUUUUCGGAGGAGGACCAUGAAUUCGAACACUCCCAGGCACGAGCUGUACAAUUCGAGACCGUGGAUGCAGCCGGGUGGAGGUGGCGCGGCCCACGCAGGUGGGACAGGUGACGACGAGGCUCCGAAAGAUCCCGGUGUUCGGAUCACUCAUCAAUCUUACACCGAAAAAGACUACGAAGGUCACAGAGCGCACACGGUGUAUGUGGGCGUGCAUCUGCCAGGCGAAAGGAGACACCGUCGUCAUCACAAGCACCAUCAUUCCCAACGUCAAACGUACAGUGCCGAUAAGGAGAAUGUCGACAACGAUAGGCCCAUUACACCGCCAGCCCAGAGGGUGCAGUUCAUCCUGGGCGAGGAAGUCGGGGACGAUGCACACGAGUCGCAUCCUCUCUUCUCCGAAAUGGAGGAGCUCGUCAGGGAUGGCGACGAGAUGGAGUGGAAGGAAACGGCCAGGUGGAUCAAGUUCGAGGAAGACGUGGAAGAGGGUGGAAAUAGGUGGAGCAAACCUCACGUAGCGACCCUCUCGUUACACGCUCUGUUCGAGCUGAGGAGCCUGCUGCUAAAUGGAACUGUGAUGUUGGACAUGGAGGCAGCCAGUUUGGAGCAAAUCACCGAUCUGGUUCUCGACAACAUGAUCAACAAGGGCUCCCUGCCGAUCGAAGCGAGGGAGAAGGUGAGGGAAGCUCUUCUGGUGAGGCACCGGCAUCAACACGAGAGACGCAAAGACAACAACAUGUCCAGGCUACCUAUCAUCAGAUCGUUGGCCGAGAUAGGUCGAAAUCAUUCCUCUUCGAAGAAUUUCAACUGUACAUGUGGUUUGCAUGCGUUGUUGACGUCAGAUUUACAGGAGCGUCGCGACGCUAGGGACGCCUACGCGCCCUCCGUCGCUCGCAGCAGCAGUUGCCCAAAUUCGAACACUGCUCUGCUCUCGAAAGAGGCGAAAGAUCUGAAAGGACCGUACCUUCUAGUUCCAGGCCAAGAACCAGGCAGCAACGGGAUGGACCGGAGUCCAAGCAGCGUGUCAAUUAGUCGAAAUCACAGUUCGUCCGCCUUGGAGAAUGGGGACGCGAAUCACAAGGGUAAUACUCAUUUCAUGCGGAAAAUACCAGCUGGGGCCGAGGCGAGCAACAUUCUCGUAGGGGAAGUGGAUUUUUUAGAUAAAACCCUGUCAGCGUUCAUUCGAUUAAGCCAAGCGGGAAUAAUGGGCGACUUGACGGAAGUUCCUGUGCCAACAAGAUUUAUAUUCGUCCUGCUCGGACCUACGGGUGGAAUCACCGGUUUUCACGAGAUCGGUCGCGCUAUGGCGACCUUGAUGUCCGACGAAGUCUUCCACGACGUGGCUUACAAAGCUAAGAACAGAAACCAUCUGCUUGCCGGAAUCGACGAGUUCUUGGACGCGGUUACGGUUUUACCGCCAGGGGAAUGGGAUCCUGCGAUCAGAAUAGAACCGCCUGCCGCCAUUCCUUCGCAGGAUGUAAGGAAGCGACCAAAAGAGGAAAAACCAAAGGAAGAGCUAGACGAGGAAGCGGACGAGCAAAAGUUGAGAGAGGAAUCCGGUCUCUCGCGAAGUGGCAGGCUUUUCGGCGGUUUGAUCAACGACGUAAAAAGAAAAGUGCCGUUCUACUUCUCCGACUUCAAGGACGCGUUGGCUCUACAAUGCGUAGCCUCUUUUAUCUUCCUGUACUUCGCCUGCCUCUCGCCUAUAAUUACGUUCGGUGGUUUACUCGGCGAAGCAACGGGCAAAAAUAUGGCCGCGAUGGAGUCGCUGGUUUCCGGUUUCGUUUGCGGUAUCGGCUACGGAUUUUUCUCUGGACAACCCCUCACCAUUCUCGGCUCCACCGGCCCAGUUCUAGUCUUCGAGACGAUAGUCUAUGAAUUUUGCAAAAAAUCGGAUUGGAACUACAUGUCGUUUCGCUUCUGGAUCGGCUCGUGGAUAACCCUGAUUCUUCUAAUUCUCGUGGCGAUCGACGCCAGUGCUUUCGUGUGCUACAUCACGCGAUUCACCGAGGAAAACUUCGCCACCCUGAUCGCGUUUAUCUUCAUCUACAAGGCCAUCGAAAAUGUAUUGUCCAUCGGCAAGAAGUACCCUUUGAACACUCACGCGAACGAGCCGUUCAACUACGAAUGCUGGUGUAAACCGCCGAAUGGCAGCCUACCGUCUAGCUACGACAACGUUAAUUGGACGGCGCUCGAUCAAAAAACAUGCCAGAGUUACAACGGCACGUUGAUGGGCGACGGUUGCAACCUACCGCAUUACAUACCCGAUGUGUUCCUCAUGUCAAUUAUACUAUUCAUGGGCACAUUCUUGUUAUCCAUCGAGCUCAAAGAUUUCAAGAACGCUCUCUUCUUUCCGUCGAAGGUCAGACAGGUGGUGAGUGAUUUCGCGGUGAUCAUCGCGAUAUUUUCGAUGAGCACGCUCGAUCAUAUCGUGAAUAUUCCGACGCCGAAGCUCGAGGUACCGGGGGAAUUCAAGCCGACGUUGGCCGGUCGGGGAUGGAUCAUCUGGCCUUUUCAAAGUAACCCAUGGUGGAGCGCCAUCGUCGCGUGUCUGCCAGCUCUUCUAGGCACUAUACUGAUUUUUAUGGAUCAGCAAAUUACAGCGGUGAUAAAAGGAUGCGGCUAUCAUUUGGAUCUGUUCAUUCUCGCGAUCCUCAUCGAAAUUUGCUCGGUGAUGGGAUUGCCUUGGUUCGUCGCGGCAACCGUGCUCUCGAUCAAUCAUGUGAACUCGUUGAAGUUGGAAUCGGAGUGCGCCGCGCCAGGUGAAAAGCCACAGUUCCUCGGUGUCCGCGAGCAACGAGUCACGCAUAUCUUGAUCUUUUUGAUGAUCGGCUGCUCGGUUCUGCUCACGCCGAUGUUGAGACACAUACCGAUGCCAGUAUUAUUUGGUGUUUUCCUUUACAUGGGAGUUGCCUCGCUGAAGGGACUGCAAUUUUUCGACAGGAUUUUGAUCAUGCUGAUGCCGGUGAAAUAUCAACCCGAUUAUAUGUUCCUUCGACAGGUACCGUUGAAGCGAGUUCAUGUGUUUACAACGAUACAAUUGACUUGUUUGGCUUGCUUGUGGAUCAUCAAAUCCUUCAGCACCACGUCCAUUCUGUUCCCUUUGAUGUUGGUGGUGAUGAUCGGUAUACGCAAGUCGUUAGACUUGAUGUUCACUCAACGCGAGUUGAAGAUCCUGGACGACGUAAUGCCGGAACCGAGCAAGAAACACGCCGACGAUCUUCGACAAUUGGAGAGCGGCGAGGAACAGAACGAGUCCAUGGGAUACGGACCGUCGGGAAAUAUACAGAUCUCGUUAGCGAAUGGCAACAUCAUGAAGAUCCCGAUGGCGAGCAUCAAUAUCAGCGAGGAGGUGAACAAAACCGGGAUUUGGCAGCAGGUGAACGAAGGGAACGAGAAAACGAAACAAGUGAAACUGAUCAACGCGGGAAAGCAAAAGAAGCAUUCGAAGAAAGAGAACUCGUUGAUGGCCGACGAGACUACGAGGCUGACUACAAUGACCGAGGAGGACGAAGACGACAGUGGGAUCUCUAUCAAGGUGACAAACGUAAAUGACUCUAAAUUCUAACCACCAACCACGAUCACCAAAUUGAUAAAUCACAUGGCAAGUCACACAGCAAGAGCACCAAUACACCGGCAUGCAACAUACCCUCUGUACGCUACUGUGAGUAAGAGUAUAAAAGGGGGCUGCACGGAACCCUCGGAGCCGUCUUAGAUAGAUCUCUCCUUAGGAACGACCGCGGCUCUGUUAGAGAAGAAGACCCACUCUCUCACAUUUAUUCUCGAUUGUAUCCGACGCAUAUUUAAGUUGCAGCAUGCAGUAUACUACGCCAAUAAGUAUUCAAAUACAAGCAACAGAAAAGAUUUCAGUGGAUUUGAUCUUUCUAUAUUGUGUAUAUAUAUAUAUAU